CGUAUCAACUGUCAAUUUAUACAAAUUAUACAUUUUAAUUUAUAGGUUUACAUGUAAAUUCUAGCUAUGGUUACGAAUACGACGGUUCAAAAAAAGAAAUGCAUUUGCAAUAAAGAAGAGCUUUUAAAAAAGAUAACUGGCGAGCCACCGCCAUUGCCGAUCGGAGAAGUUAAUAAAAUACGUUUGAACUUGUUCACGGAAAGGAAUUCUGACGGUACUGGGUAUUUAAUACUUAGAGGAAAGGAUUUACACGACAGAUAUAAAAGAAGAAUAAAGGAUUUAGAUAUAACAGCUAUUUACCUUUACAUCAGAGAAAUUCCCAGAAGAAUAACCAAGGUCGAUCUAUGCUACAACCAACUCACUGAUCGAGGCUUCUUUAAUUUACUAAAACGUUUACUAAUCAAAGGCAGAUCGAGUAUUAUAGACUUAAAUAUUAUGAACAACAACAUAACCUAUAAAUCAAUCGAAUAUUUAGCUCAGUACGCGAAGUAUAUUAAAUUAAAAAGAUUAAGAAUAAAUGGCAACGAUUUGGGUACGGACAGUGGUAAAUUUCUUGCACAACUUUUGAAAGAAAAUGAUACAAUCGAGUUCCUAGAUUUAGGGGAAACUGGACAGACGUUGACCAGUGUGGCGGAAAUUAUAGCGGCCUUUAGAAAUGAUAACGAAGGAAAUACGACUGUGAAAGUUUUGGAUUUAAGCAGGGUUAAUCCGUUAUUUAACCGUUAUUCAUACGAAACAAAAUGGCUGGCUUAUCAUAUUGAAUUUUUACUUGAAAGAAAUUCUAAUGUAAUAGAAUUACAUUUGCAGAAAAAUCAAUUUAUAGCGCAUGAUAUGGAGUACUUUGUUAGAGGUCUGAGAAAUAAUGCGACACUUCGCUAUUUAAACCUUGGAUAUAACAGAAUAGGUGACUAUGGUGCGGAAUUAUUAGCUAAAUACUUAUCAGAAGCGCCUCAGUUAAUAUUUUUAAAUAUAGCUGGUAACGGAAUUCAUGAUAUUGGCGCGAAAGCGUUGAGUUACGGGUUGCCAUAUUCAAAUAUAAGAGCGUUAGAUAUUUCACAGAAUAAAAUAUCGAAUGACGGAGUUAUGGAUUUAUUGUAUACUAUUAAAAAGAAAGUUUUCUUGAGAUAUUUGAAUAUUUGGGGUAACGAAUUAAAACAUACAAGUUGCGAAAUUAUACAAAGGAUGCUAAUGAGUGGGGUACUAGAUCAAAGCACAUUUGAUGUGAAAAUUUACGAAGUUGAUGAAGUAUUUUACGCGGCGUAUUAUCCUAAUCCUGCUGAUAGAAGUAAACAUUUUUAUUAUUGUGAAUUAGAAUAUGGAUACGCGCAGCCGAUCUACCAUAUCCAGAGAAAUGUGUUGCCAGAAAAGAGAGGGAAAAUAUUUACCAAAUAUAUGUAAAUGCUCUACUAGCAUUUUGGAUGUUUUAUUUAAUAUAU